AUGGACGGCUUUGAUCGCGUGGUCAGAAGAAAGACUCUAGCUGAACGGCUAGGAUUGAAGAAUAUUGGGUGUUGUGGGAGCACAUGGGGCCUCCGGCCAACCACCUUAAGUGAACGUGAUGACGAUGAACAAGAGUAUGCCCCACAUGACCCACAAAUUGAAGUAAUAAGUGUAAACCACGCGCCUCCGGAAAAUGAGUUGAUCCCCGAGUGCAUCAGUCGUUCUCCGGCAGCGUCAGGGAUGAACUUGGCAGCAGCUUUGGCCGCGGAACGCCACCUCAGGGCAGCGCUAGAUUCGGAUAAUGGAGGAAUUGACCCAUGCCCAAGCCCAGCAAUGCCCAGUAACAAUGAAUGGUACGAUGUAACUGCAGGAACCGCACCGCGGACCUCAUUCAGAGUGUCGUUGAUGAGACUACUGCAGGAAACGGAUGGCUGGGAUGGAGAGGUGAAGAAAGAGGAAACCGUCGAAGGUGGAUGUGGUGAUUCAGUGUGCUGCGUGUGCAUGGGAAGGAAAAAAGAUGCAGCAUUCAUACCAUGUGGACACACUUUUUGCAGAGUUUGUUCAAGAGAGUUAUGGUUGAAUCGAGGAACUUGUCCCCUAUGCAACCGUUUGAUUCUCGAGAUUCUUGAUAUUUACUGA